AAAAAUAACAUAGCAAAGUUAAAAAUUAACUCAAAACGAAUCAAAAACAUCGAAGAAAAUGUCAACAAAAAGCCAAGCUCAAAAGUUGGAUCAAAUUGGCAAUAAAAUGCCUCAAGACAGUCAAAUCUUCGACAUUUUCGAUGAAUUCAACAACUUACAAAAAGAAAUCUUUAAAACUAUUUUUUCAAGUUCCUUAAAACGUCCGGAAGCAAAGUCAGAACUUAUUAAUCCAAAAUCACCAAAAACACCCAAGCUUGUGCAUCAAGAAGCUCAAGUUGUCAAGAAAUCAGCUAAAAAGGCUGUCAAUCAGGAUUCUAAAGCUGUUAAGUCUCCAAAAGUACCUCAAAAUAAAUCUAAUCAGUUACAAAAUGUAGCUAUUCAAGCACAAAAUGAAACAUUACCUCAAAGUGCAGCCAAGCAGCCGCAAAAAAUUGCUAAUCAACUUCAAAAUGUCGCAAAACCAAAAACUGCCAAAAACCAACCCAAAACUGCUUCAAAUCAACAACAAAAUCAAAACAUCAGUCAGGAAAAAUUUGAAUUCAAGAAAAUUCAGCCUCAAGAACUCAUCCAACCGGAUGUUGGAACUAAAAUCCUCAAUAAAGUUCUUCAAGUUCAACAAACAAUCCCAAUUCAAAACUUGAUCAUCCAAAAUCAAUUUUUGUAUCCAGAAAUCUCCAUCAUAACUGCUGGAAGCUCUAAGAAUACUCAGCCAUUGGGCAAUCCAAUUCCAGCUACUAUAAGUGUCAACAAUAAGGCUGUUCAGGUACCAAAAGAUACCAAAAAGUCACCACAAAUACCAAAAAGAGCAUUUAAGUCAAAAAAUGUUGCUCAACAGUCACCAAAAGUUGUCCAAGCACCACAAGCCCAACUAAUCGUUCCAAACAACCUUUUGUCCAUGGCUGAGUUCCACAAUGGACCUUUCAUGACUUUAUACAACUCAAAAACCACCCAAAGUACUAAAAUGGAAUCUCCAGUCAUCCAAAAAGUUGAUCAAGAAGUCUUUAAGAUUCCAGAAGCUCUAAAGCCAGCUAAAAGAGUCAUUAAGCUUCCAGCAAAGCUAAAAGAACGCCGCAAAUCUGAUCCAGAACCACCAAAGCACCAAAAAGCAGCAACAGCACCCAAGCGAUCCUCCCUAGGACAAAAGAAAAGUCCAAUUGCUACUGAUAAGGAUGCGCGGCAUCAACAAUUAAUGAAGAAAUUGAUUGCUGAUGCUAAAGUUAAUGUUUAUGAGACACCAAGGAGGUCAUUUUUGGUUCCACAGGGUAAGAAUGACUCAAAGAAUGGAUUGCGUCGUGGACGAUCAAAGUUUAGGAAUGAAUUGCCAGGAUCGAGACCACAAGAACCUGAAAAGAAUUUUGAGGAAAUGAGUCAGGAAGAGUUUUUUGGUGUUUUGGGAUUGAUGAGGAAUUGAGGAAUUUUUUUGUAGGUUAGGGUGGUGUAGUUUUAAGGAUUUUUGAGGUUAUUGGAGAUUUUUUGAGGUUAUGGGUGAAUUUUGGGAUAAUGGGUGGUUUUUGAGGUUAUGGGUGAACUUUUGAGGUUAUGGGUGAAUUUUUGAGGUUAAGUUGAUUUGGUUUUUGGAGGUUAAGCUAAGUCAGGGGAUCAAAUAGGCCCCAAUUAGAGGAAAUAAUUUCAGAAUGACAGACAAAUUUGACGAGAAAUUCAAGAAGUUUCGAUUAAAAAGUCUGCGAUUCG